CUUUUUGGAUUGAUACUAUAUGUAGACAACAUUUUUUAUGGAUAUACUGUACUCCCUCCGUCCCAAAAAUAAGUGACGUGGAUUUGCAUAGAUUUUUAUACAAAUCUGGGACGGAGGGAGUAGUACUUUAUCUGAAACCAUCGGUUCAGUUUGGAACGAGUGAUUCGUGGUGGAAAUAAUGUUGAUACUCCUGACCGUCCAAUUGGAGGCAUUUGACAUAUUUGGUAACAAAUUUGAUAGAUUAUCUUAUUUUGUCCUUGUCAUAUCCGUGGAGUGCUAUUCAAGUAUUCUGGGAACAAUCUGUGGUACCAUGUUCGAAGUCUAUUUUAUUUGCUUGUUAAGUUUGUAUCAUGCAUGAUGUACUGUACUAAUAUGAAUUUAAGUUGUCAUUGGCUCAUUGGCUUGUCGAACACUUUCUAUGUGCCACCUCCAAUCCAUAACAAGUGUGUCAGAUUUUAUACAAAUUUAGUACAAAGUUGUACUAAACCUGAGACACCUAUUAUGGAUGGGAUGUGGAGUAUUUGAAUAUGGUCAUGCGACAAAAUAUUCGCUAUUGAGCUGUAUUAAUUUCACAUUUGUAACUCUCCUAGUUUGAGAAAAAUGUGGUACUGCUAUGGUUUCUGAGAAAAAAAUCUGGUAUAUGGUAUAGUUUGAGUGAUCCUCAACCGUAAUUGCUCCAAUUUCAACCCUGCAGGUGAUGUUGGGAAUAUGUUUGCUCUUCGAAUGUCCAAAGGAGGUUUUCUAGGAUGAAAACGUUACCUUAAGUAGUUUAGCUUGAUAAAAACAAGGAGGUGUUGGUUUUUUUUAGAAGAAAACAAGGAGGUGUUGCCAAUAGAUCUGUAGCGAACACUAGAAUAGGCUAUCAACAUCGCCUUAAAACUUGGAGGGGGCAGUAUUGGCGAUAGGAAGAAAAUGAUAUGUAAAUCUUUAAAUUGACGUGUCAUUCGAAUCAGGCGUUAAUGUGCAUUUAAGGGUGUUUAAAAAGUUAUGUGCUAGCGCAUUUUGCUUGAGAAGUCACAUCUCCGGCUGCAACUUAGUAUAAAAAUAAAAUGAAUCAGAUCCCUGGAACUAAGGUUGAGUUGGUUUGCUUUCAAGAUGUGUCCAAAUUUUGAUCACUGAUAAAAAAAUUGGCAGUUGUUUGGAAGGUACUCCUAUUUGACAAGGCAACUUUAAUUCAAUUUUUUGACAGAAGUUGGCUUACUCAAAGGCAACCAAAGCUAUAGCAAUUAUUUAGUUUGUCAAAUUUUGAUAGUUUUGAUAGUUCGUGCCCUAUUCAACAAGAUAAUAAAUGUCUCCGCGUUGGAGAUAGCCCGACGAAAAAAAAGUCGAUCUUGUCUCGGCCGUUGACGGUUGAGGACGUUGGGAAACCGGGAACGGCAAGGGCAGUUCCUGUUACCCGUCCUGACGCCAAGAUCCUAAAGAGGGCGCCCGCCAAGAGAUCCUGCUUGAAUUGGUGCUCAUCUUUGGUCAAAAAGCAGGAGAAUUUCCAAAGGAACCUCGGCGAUAGAGAGAGGAAAGGAAAAAAAGAAAGGAGAUGUCUCGGGGCGGCGGCUACGGGGAGGUGGGGCAGAGGAUCGACUACGUCUUCAAGGUUGUGCUCAUCGGCGACUCGGCCGUCGGCAAGUCGCAGCUGCUGGCACGGUUCGCGCGCAACGAGUUCAGCCUCGACUCCAAGGCCACCAUCGGCGUCGAGUUCCAGACCAGGACACUCCAGGUCGACCAGCGCACCAUCAAGGCCCAGAUCUGGGACACCGCGGGACAAGAGAGGUACCGAGCAGUAACAAGUGCGUACUACAGAGGUGCAGUAGGAGCUAUGUUAGUAUAUGACAUAACCAAGCGUCAGUCCUUUGAUCAUAUGGCAAGGUGGCUCGAGGAAUUGCGAGCCCAUGCUGACAAGAACCUUGUUAUCAUGCUUAUUGGUAAUAAGUCGGAUCUCGGUACCCUUCGGGUUGUCCCGACUGAAGAUGCCAAGGAGUUUGCCGCGCGUGAGAGUCUCUUCUUUAUGGAGACCUCUGCUCUUGAGGCUACCAAUGUUGAAAAUGCCUUCAGGACUGCUCUCACAGAGAUAUACCGCAAUGUCAGCAAGAAAAACCUUGUUGCCAAUGAGGAGACUGAUUCUAGCGGAAACUCGAGUUUAUUGAAAGGAACAAAAAUUAUCGUCCCAGGUCAGGAGCCUGCUCCUCCAGCCAAGGCCGCGUGUUGUAUGUCCUCCUAGACAUAAUAUCAUAUUGUAUUGUUUCUGGCAGUUGGUGUUUCUAAGUAGGGGUCCCUUCUAAGUAAUCCUGCCAUAUAUCUACACACUAAAUAGCUCUGAUUCUUGGGUGGAGAGAUGAAAAGGUCUACAUGAAUAGUUAACUCACAUACGUUGUAAUCUUCUUAAUGAAUAGUCAGUGCAUCUUAUAUAUGGUGGUCUAGUCAACUAGUCAAUUAAGAGUCCUUCUAUUGGGGUAUAAUUAGUUCGGCCUUUCCUCUUUGUUAUACUAUCCUUGUCAUGUGCACAAACAUAUAUGUAACUUCUGUAGGGGGUGCUUGCCUGUAAUAGAAAGGAGCUAUCAAAUUUUGUUCUCUUUUGCUAGUCUUUUUCA